CUGGGAUUCAAUCAUGUGUAACGUAGUUGACGCUAGCAGCCUAGCAUAGCUAUGAUACAACCCUCCAGCUUAGUAGGUAGAUAUUAAGUGCUCUAGAGCACAAGCGGACCCCAUGGUUUAUGAGACUGUCCAGCCAUGGGUGACAUGAAAACCCCUGACUUUGAUGAUUUGCUAGCAGCGUUUGACAUCCCAGAUGCAACAGGGUUGGAUGCCAAGGAGUCAAUUCGAGAUGUUCAUGAAGAGACUGAGAGUCACCUAAAGCACAGCGGCUUGUGUGUUGAAGAUGGACUGUUGGCCACCCAGGCUGAAGUUUCAGCAGAUCUUCCUGCUGUCAGUGUGAUAGUGAAAAACACUAGUCGCCAGGAGUCUUUGGAAGGCUUUGCUGAAGGUCUCCAUGGGGGUUCGGCACUUCAAAAUGGAUUCAGUGUGCAAAGUUCAACAGCUAAUGCCGAUCUGACAGUCGAUCCAGGGUUCACCAAGUCAUUUAUAUCAGCUCUCAAUGGGGCCAGUUCAACUGAGUUACUUGAUAAAGUCGCUGCUCAGCAGAGACCUGAUGUAACUCCAGUUUGUUCCCAGUCUCCCUCUUACCUAAGUCCAGUCUCAAGUCCAGAGUCUGAAGGACAUGAGUCUAAUAAAAACCAUUUGCCCCGAAAGAAAGACUGUUUUUCAGAACUUCCAGUUUUAGUUAACACCUCAGUUGACCACCGUCCUAGUAUACCUGGCCUCUGCAUGUACGAUGAAGCUAGAGGGAGAACUACUGCUUUUAAAAAUUCUAAUCAAAUCAUAUCGGAAAACCGUGAUGCAGUAUCUAACAAUGUCAGUGGCUCAGAGAAACGCCCUGAUGUACAGAAUUCAUUUCCUCAUACAAACAGCAACCGGAAUUCUACUGAAAACAACAGCAGUUUUGAAACUACCAUGGACGUUUUGGACAUAUCCCCAUGUGUAAAAUCUCAGGCACCUAAAUUGUCCUCUUGUCUUGAAGCUCUGGUUGCUCUAAAUGCCAAGAAAGAUCUUAGCGAACCAGCUUUUCCUAGAGAUCCUUCAGCAGUUCAUAGUGACUCUCUAAAACAUGGCUCAAAGGUGCCCAUAUCGCCACACAGCCCCAGGAGUCCACUGGAAGCCGUAAAGCGACUGAUGAAACCACCGGAUAGUCCAAUGAGCAUCUGCAGUGACAGUAGUGGGAAAGUGUCCCCCGCUGUGAUAUCUGGUUCCCCUGCUGCCAUUCCAAGGGUGAGAAUCAAGACAAUCAAGACCACAAGCGGGCAGAUCAAGCGAACUGUCACCAGUGUGCUGCCAGAGUCGGAGACGGAUGAACUUCAUUCUACCUACGAGUCGUCUCCAUCGCAGAGUCUGAAAAGCGAUGAUUCUUUCUGCAAUGUGUCGCCACAUCCGUCACAGAGCGCGGCUCUCGAGAGUCCAGCUGAAUUUCAGACUAAAGAAAGCUCUGUGAGAAUCGGCUCCCCAAAAGUGAUGCUCAAUAGAGCGGAGGAACUCAUUCAAAAGGCAACUUUGACUGAAUCGUCCAGCUUCCGAAAGACUCACAAGCACGGUAAAAAAUCUGGCGUGAAUCAGAAACCAAAGAGAAUGUUGGCAGCUAACUCCAACUUCCUUCCCAAAGCGGUGCACCUCGCUAGUUUGAAUCUGGUCCCACACAGUGUUGCUGCUUCUGUGUCUGCGCGGUCCAGCUCUCAGCAGCAGAGCCAGCACGCUCUCUCCCCGACCGUCUACAGUACAGUUCCUUUGGUGCAUCAAGUGAAAACGGCCAACUCACUUCCACCGUCGUCCGUGCCCAACACCGCCACGGGGACGUUAAACAGACUAUUGAACAAUACCAACCCUGUGCCUACGUAUGUUCCGAACCUAAACCCCCCGCAGGAGUUCAACAUCAGCCUCCCCAAACGUGGAUAUUGCUGCCUUGAAUGUGGAGACUCGUUCAGCGUGGAGAGGAGUCUCUCGUACCACUACAGCAGGAGGAGUGUCCACAUCGAAGUAGGAUGCAUGCACUGCGCUAAGACAAUGGUGUUCUUCAACAAAUGCGCGCUGCUGGCGCACGCGCGGGAGCACAAGCUCAGCGGCGCGGUGAUGCAGUGCACUCAGCUCCACAUGAAGCCUAUCGCUCAGGAGCAGAUGUUUGUUCCGUUGAGUGCAGAUCCACUGAAAGUGGCUUCCUACACCUCAACUGCAGGCUCUGUGACCAACCAGCCCGUCAUGCCCCUCUAUCCGGACAAUGUGAUUCGCCAACGAUUCCGAUGCCUUGAGUGUAAUAAACAGUUACCCGACCACAAAGCUCUUGCUGGCCAUUACCAGAACCAGACAAAGGACAAUAAGGGAUUAAUAUGCAAAGUUUGCAUGAUGUUGCUACCCAACAAGUGCAGCUUCCGAGCUCACCAGCGUAUUCACGCACACAAGUCCCCGUUCAUCUGUCCAGAGUGCGGAGGGUUAAGUCGUUCUGGAGACAUCCAGAAACACAUCAAGGAGAACUGUCUGCAUUACACUCGCAAAGCCUGGUACAAGUGUCUUCACUGCGAUGUCGUCUUCAAAACCCUCACCGGACAGAAGUCGCACAUCGAGGAGAAGCAUUGCGAGGUGUUCUACAAGUGCUCUGUCUGUCCUGUCGCGUUCAAAACUUCAGAUGGCUGUGAAGUUCAUCUUAAAAGAAAACACAACGCCAGCAAAAUAUCCCCAAAACUCAUUUUCAAGUGUUCCUGCGAGAAAAUCUUUAAGAAAAAAGCCUUGCUCGUACAGCAUUUUCAUCACGACGCCAACAAGCGCGUCACAUGUGUUUUCAAGUGUCCGGAGUGCAACUCAGUCUUCUCACAGAAGCAUCUGCUGGUGCAGCAUUUCAAGAGCGUUCAUGGGGGAGAUGCAAGACCUGAAAUGGAGGAAGAUCGUCUUCAAACUGACGUGAGUGAACCUCAUCCAGUCAUCCGCCAGAAGCGUUCCACACAUGGUGAAGCCACAGAGAGACCGAAAAAGAGGGCGGAGUCUGAGAGCAGGACGAGUGUGAAGCCAACCGGAUGGACCUGCGGCGAGUGUCUCCAGAGGUUCCCUGAGCGAGAACAGUACAUUUCCCACGUAAAGAAAAGCCACGGGAAGUCUAUGAAGCGGUAUCCGUGUCGUGUGUGUGAGCAGUCAUUCAACUCCAGCACCAGUUUGAAGAGACACAUCCGAGUUGAUCACAGCGGGAAGAAGAAAAUCUACUCAUGCUGGUAUUGCACAGAUGUGAAGAAGACAUUCACCACCAGCGUGACGCUGAAGAACCACAUCAGCCUGAUGCACGGAAUCAAAAAUCCGGACCUGGCCCAAAUGCCCAAAACAUCGGUCCAGGAGUUGAAACGAAGUCGAGGAAAGGGAAUGGAUGUACCCUCGGCUGGAGGAGGGUCCAGUAAAGACCAUGAAGGUUCCCUGGAGGCGCCGACAGCAAAGCGCCUGAAAUCACAGUACCGCUGUUCAAAGUGCGGCUACACCACGGACGACGGCACGCAGUUCCAGCAGCAUAUACCUCAACACAAGACGGACCAGAACACUCCUCAGUGCCUUCACUGCGGCCUGUGUUUCACCUCCCCACUCUCCCUCAGCCGACACCUUUUUAUCGUACACAAAGUCAAGGAAGAAGAGAAGCAGGAAGAGGUCAAUGAGAAGAAGAGUCAGUCGGCGACAGCAGCGGUGACUGAUGACUCGGGCGACUCGAUACAAGGAGGAAGUGAGCUGACACAUACUUAACAGACUCGUAUUUAUAGCUGCUUUUUCCUGGAGAAUGUUCGACGCUUUGCCUUUUCUUUCUCAACUCACAUACUCUGAGGCGGUGCAGCAAAGUUUAUUCAAUAUAACAAUAUUUUUGUACAUCCAUAUACAAAUGUAUAACCUUUUUUUUUAACAUUGCAUGUUAAUAUACUAUAUCCAUCUUGCCUUCAGAAGACAUGGGAUCGUUUUGUUAAUUUACUUUUUAUACAAGUAUUCUGUUCGUGACUUGGACUAUUGAAUGUUUCUGAGCGAUGGCGACGGAUGGUGUCCGCAGUGAAGGAGUGGACGUCUGCCUUUUCGGAGCAAUGUAAUUGCUGGCGACAGUCCGAUGGCUCUGGUGCCUCGCAGCUCAGCUGAAUGGGAUUCAGGAACAUCAUGUGAAUUUCAGCCUAUUACGAAGCAGUAUAAUUUAAUUCAGCCUCUGGUUCAGGUUUGGAGACUGCGUCUUUAAGAUGAGGUGCAGUUUUGAUGCGUAGACAUUUCAGUUACUUGUUGAUAAGCUACGUUCACCUUACAGGUGCGUUAUAUUUCCUCAUUCGAGUCUGCGCCGGCGAAAGCGUCUGCCGCCGCGACUGCACCGGUGCUUGCUGCAUGAUUCAUUAACACCGCAAACACAGCGUAUUUUUCUCUUCCUUCACAGCAAAAAAACCCAACUAGAUCAGUAGGAAUGAAUCUGUAUUCACUCUUCUACAGUCUUGUAAUUGACUGAAACAGAGACAUGGUAAUGUGAACAUAGUUUCUGAGUCCGCUCUGCAGUAAAAAAUACCUCAGAUUGUCCCCAAAAAAACUGUUCUAUGUCAAGUCGAACCAGGGUACGUUGUUUUGGAUAAUCCAGAUUCUAUGUGAAUUUGAUGUGUAGAAGUGUUUGUAGUUUUCCACCCUAGGCCCUGUCAGCAUGCAGCAUUCUGAAAUAUAUUUUUUUAGUCAUCAAUAAUCAAACAAAAACAAUGGUUGACUCGCUGUUGUGACGCUGUUUUGUAUUGAAUACAGUAGCUACCUCUCUGGCUGUGAUUGUUAAAGGAGGAGAGGCGGAGGAGACGCGGAUAAUCUGUGCAAUGUCGUGAACGUGUGAUCCCACUUUAUUCAAUUUUAUAAAUUAUUUUUGGGGAAUGAUUAUGAAGUCAUAUUGACUGAACUCUGGCGAGUGAUCUGCUUACGUUCUUUCUGUGUUCUCUUGCAUCCGUCGGUCGCCAUGUGCCACUGUGUCCCGUCUGAAAAGCAUGAUCUGUUUCUUCUGCGUUGUUCUGUCGAUGCCCUGUACAGGAAGCCAGCCACGCCUGGGUUUAUUUCUUAAGCCAUCACCUUGUCAUGCAGUGGCCAGUGAGCCUCGCUGCUAUGUUUACUCGAUAUACUCAAAAUAAAUCCUUAACUACAUCCCUUCUUUUGUCAAAUUUU